GUUUAGGCGCACUUUGACUUUGUUUCUUCUCUCGCUGAGGUCGCCACAGUCUGAUCUUGGACUCGACAUCCAUUGGAGCUCAUCUCAAUCUCAUCUGGGUUUUUAGCAAAAGAUUCAAGACAAAAUAAAAUAGGGCAACGCGUGUAAUUCUGUGCGCAUAUUGCGAACGCUCCAUGCAGAUACGGAAUCGGGUGUUGCAUUUGGUAGAGCAUCAUAGUUACGUUCUCUUCUAGAACUUUCUUGAUUCUAUUUUUCAAAGAGCAAUAUGACCUUUGGAUAAUGUUAUGGAUUCCUCGAAUGGAGAUAGAAGCCUUUUCAAUGGCUCAGUAGAUCAGGUCUCAAGUCCAGUCAGAAGAGAAACAUCUAGCAGAGCUUUUUCAGGGAUGAAGAAUCAAAUUAAUAAAGCCGACACAGAUGUAGAGAAUGGGAGGUUCGAAAAGGACCUGGAAAAGUCUCUAAGAAAUAAAAGAGGACUUACAGUACACAAUCAGGCCUUGUUAUCCGGUCUCUCCUAUUGUUUGUCCUCGUGUAGCAUGAUAUUGGUCAACAAGUAUGUCCUCUCCAGUUAUGGCUUUAAUGCUGCCAUAUCAUUGAUGCUUUACCAGAAUUUUGUAUCAGUAGUUGUUGUUUCCAUUUUGAGUCUCCUUGGAAUAAUUACAACGGAACCACUUACAUGGAGAUUAAUCAAGGUCUGGUUGCCAGUUAAUAUUAUAUUUGUGGGGAUGCUGGUCUCAAGUAUGUUUAGUUUGAAAUACAUUAAUGUUGCCAUGGUUACGGUUCUCAAGAAUGUAACCAAUGUGAUGACAGCUGUUGGCGAAAUGUAUUUAUUCAACAAGCACCAUGAUAAUAGAGUUUGGGCAGCCCUUUUCUUAAUGAUUAUUUCAGCAAUAUCAGGAGGGUUCACAGAUCUUUCAUUUCAUGCUGUUGGAUACACAUGGCAAUUUAUCAAUUGUUUUUUGACAGCAUCAUAUUCUUUGACUUUGCGUCGGGUAAUGGACACUGCCAAACAAGUCACUAAAUCUGGAGAGUCGAACGAGUUCUCAAUGGUCAUGCUAAACAAUAGCCUCUCACUGCCUCUUGGAGUUAUUCUCCUGUUUGUGUUCAAUGAGGUUGACUAUCUUUCACAAACGCCACUCUUGAGAAUGCCGUCUUUCUGGCUGGUUAUGACCUUUAGCGGGCUAUUGGGUUUAGCAAUCAGCUUCACUUCCAUGUGGUUCCUCCAUCAAACUGGAGCUACUACUUACAGGAUUAUUAGCAGGAGUGCUGUUCGCUAGAGCAAAAAUGCGAUAACGGAUUCGUAUUUUUUAUCUUUUGUUCCUUUUGAAAGAUUUUAAAGUUUACACUUAACGUGCCGACCUGCUUUGUAGCCUGGAAUGUUCGUUUCACGACCAGCAGCGAUGCAACAUUUUUCCCUUCAAUUCUAGCAUUUGAUGAUAGUGUUAGUCAUGUUCUAGUGUAAUUGAUGAAAAAUAUAUACAAGCAUGAAACAAAAUUAUACAUAAUGUUCCUUCAAUUC